CAAGUCAUUCACCUAUUGUCCAAAUGUUUCACUCCGAAUUCCUCGCACUAUGGCCCAUGAUGUCUUUCGUUGCGAACUUCCUGCAACUGCUUUGAUAUUUUCAAGUUCACAGUAUUGUUCACAACGGAAAAGGAAAGCAGUGCCAAACCAACUCACUAUGGAUUCAGGACAUGAGAACUCAAAGGAGGGCGCACGCACACUGCAAGCUAUCUUGCCACUAGAACGUUGCCAACUAGAUGGCCAGAGCCCUCACGAUUCUAUUCGUUUAGCGUGUGGUCAUAUUUACUGUAAGCUAUGCUUGCAAGAUCUCAUGAUUACAGCAAUGUUAGUCGGUCAACGGUCCCGAUGCAAGACGUGCUUCUUUGAAUUUGGGCCUCCGGCUGGAUCAAUUCUUCAGGGCACUUUAGGAGAACGAACGAAACAGGUACUUACAGCAGCAAGGAGCCCUACUGUGCCUGGGGUAUCAUAUUCGCAAAGAUUGACUACCUUGUUGGAUGGAUUCACAGCGUCUCGAGGUUUAAUGCUGCAGCCAGUGGAAUCUAAAGAUAUUGGGGUGCUCGAUAUUCAAACGGUACGAGUGAAUCCGCCUCAGGAAAACCGUCUUCAGCAAGUAUUGUUUAUGUCGACGCAACCUGACAAGUCUGCAACGAGUCCAUUUCGUGAUAAGCAGAGUGAUUUACUGGCAGGAUAUGGCGGUCUGGAUACUCCAGCAAAUAGCGUUCACUGGGUUACUGGAUUGGAUUCCUACGCAGAUAUCUUGUCUUACGAUUGCGGUGUCUCAAACACGCAGUUCGACAACGGAACCUGGAGUACACAUCCGGAUAUCAUUGAGGAGUCUGAGAAACCAACAACACUGGAAGAAACGUCAAAGGUAGCCUGUGCCAAACUGAAACAACAGCCAGGGCGUGAUUUAAGCGUACUUGCUGGAGAGCGAUUUUGCUUCAAAGGUAAACUCCGUGAUCAGAUUUCCAUGGAAAAUGCCGUUAGGGAAAACGGUGGGAACGUCACUGGAGGUGGUUACAAGCAUACCACAUAUGGGGUUGUAGGAUCUGGCUGGAAAGUCACGAGUAGCUGGAAGGUGAACAAAGUACGUGUUCUCAGCGAGGAAGAGUUCUGGGAACUGCUCGAGUCCAAGAAAAGAGAAAGCCAGGCGGCUAGAGAAGCUGCAAAGCUAGCCAUUCGAAAUAUCGAGAAACACGAAUAACAUAGUUGAAUUAUUGCGUCCAGCUCAUAAUGCCACUUUAACUUCGAGGACAA